UGAGAGACCCUUUUUUUGCGACAAUCGUAAAUUCAGCCAGUUACCUCCCCUUUUCAGAUGUUUGACAGAUGAACUUUCAGAUCGUAAACGGUAAACUAUAAAUAGAGAUGACAGAUCAAGUAGGUCCUCAGAAUGUAACAGAUAUGCUGGAGGAAGAAACAGAGGAAGAGAAACAAUUCCAAGAACUACAGACUCAUCAUCUCUCUACAGGCAUUGUUAGUGGUAUGCGCCACUCGGCAACUACAGAUACUCUGGACUCUGUUUACCUUGACCCUCCUGUAUCUGAACAAGAUGUGGACUUCCGACUUUCAACAGAGGAACUCAAUAUCAAUACAAUGGCGGAAACAGCAGAAACGAGGCCGACAGGCGAAGAAUUGGGUGCAAAGCCAGAACCUGUAGAAGCAAUAGUAAAAAAACAAACAUUUAAUGAAGAGGGUAAUGUAAAUGAAACUGUAGAGAAAAUUGUUGAUCCAGAUUUAGGGGCUUCACAUGAUGUUGAAGUUGGUACAAGUGAGGGACAGGAGUUGGUAAAUAAGAAACUAGAUUCACCUCCGUCACUGAGUAAAUAUUUUGGAAAAGAAACAUAUACUGAUGACCCUUUUGCAACCAAUGUAUUUGAUACCCUUGGUGGUACUCAGACUGAAAAUUCAAAUGAUAGUGAUUAUUUACAGUUCGCAGCUGAGGCUGGAAAAGACAUUAGUGAUAUUGGUGAUGAGAUGACAAAUCUAACACAGGAUGAUUCAAAAGAUUUGCUAGACGAAACUACAGAUGAUACACCAGAAGAAGAAAAUACUAAUAACAAUCAUAGAAAAAGUGAAGAGUUAAAUGUAGAUUUUGAUUUAGCCAUCGAUAAAGAUGAGUCUGUUGAAACUCCAGUGGACAUUGAAGAAAAAGAAAACUUUGAGUCAUUUACAGCUUAUGCUGCUGAUACAGAAGCUUUGGAUGCUCUUGGAAUGUCCCCAGCCAAUCCAUCUUUUAUGACAGAAAAGAAUAUUACUGAUUACUUCCGACAGACAAGUCAAACAGAUAGCAUACAUUCACUAGGUAUUGGUCGUCAAGUGUCGAUCUCGAGUGGACACUCUUCAAGUCUGGGUCAAGGAGUUAUCACAGAAAAUUUGGAGGAAGGAUCAGAUAAUGGUAUUACUCAGCCAGGGUCUAUUCCAGCACAUGUUGAAAUGACCGAAUCUUCUCUCCCAACACCAGAUAUGACACCUAGCACAGUGAUGAAUAGUGAAGCAGAGGCGAAGGGAUCAGUGGAAAAUACACCAGUUCAUCAACCUGUGUUUCCUCCUUCAACUACAUUGUCACCAGUAGAUAGCCCUUUACAUCAACCAUUAUUUAAUAAAGCAUCAGAGCAAGAGCCUUCUUCUACCAGCACGCCGACCAGCCCUGAACAUCUUGUUACAGCGUUCCAGAAUUGUUCUCACUCCAGUGAUGAUUUAUUUUCUAUCGGUCUACAUAUGAGUGAUUCAGACAGGCAACAUGAUGCUUGGUUACCAUCAGAAGCUACGAAGAAUAUUCUUAUCUCCAUGACAACCCAUGCACCAGGAACAUACUUCCCAGAUAAAGAGCUACUCUGCUCACCAUCGUUAGUUAUUGUAGAUGCACAGGGUGACCCUGUUAGAGAUUUGGUAUACAGGUACAUGGGUGAACAAGAGGCAUUAAAAAGACAGGUCCUAACAGCCAACAAGGUUACCCAGGAUGCUGAGGGAUUAAAAGUUCUCAUGUCAAAUGGUUGUUACAGAUCAGCUGUAGAUUUGACAGGAAAGUUAUUGGCGGAUAUAGGGCAGGCAGAACCUGGGGACACACCUACAGUACAUACACCAGAUACACUACAGCUAUGGUACUGUCGAUUUAGUCUGAUGAUGAAAUUGCGUAUGUACAGUGUAUUAGAGUCGGAAUUUGUGGCAUUUAAAAACCUCGAUUCACCGGAUAUAUAUUAUGAAUUCUACCCACAGCAGUUCCCUGGAAAAAGAGGAUCUAUGGUAUCUUUUGGUAUGAGACUUCUUCAUGCAGAGUUACCCCACCACCUUGGCAGAUCACAAGAAACGCUGGAUAGAUUUUACUAUUUGAUGGCAAUUACUAAAAAGAUUAUAAAGAACUUAGAAGAGGGUUUGGCUGAAGAUGGAAGUGCUGUUACAAUAAGCUCAGAUAGUAGGAAAGCAUCACAAGAACUAUGGGAGACGAGAGAAAAGAGGAUCCUCUAUUUGAUAGCAAAUGUUUUAAUUUCAUUAAGAGAUUAUGAUGCAGCACUUAGUUUGUACGAGACUUUACUGGAAAAAGACAGGCUUCAUAAAACAGCACUGCUUAGUGGACUUGGUAGAAUUCAUCUUCAGAUUGGUAACAUGAGUAGGGCAGCAGAAUAUUUCUUGCAAGUACAGUCUGUCAGUGACGCUAGCAAUAACGUUAUGAAUGCAACACUUCAUAUGAACAAAGGAUUUGAAGCGAUGUGUCAAAAUAACUUCAAUGAAGCAUACCAAAACUUUAGAAAAGCUGUGGAAGCAGAUCCCUCAAACACUUCAGCUGUGAACAAUAUGGCAGUCUGUUGUUUGUAUCUUGGUCGACUGAGUGAUGCCCUCAAGUCACUGGAGGCUUUGGUACAUAGUAAUCCAGAUAAAAACUUGCACGAGGGAAUUUUAUUUAACCUGUGUACAUUAUAUGAACUGGAAUCAUCGAGAGCUUUACACAAGAAGCAAGCUCUACUGGACCUUGUUAGUAAACAUAAAGGUGAUGGAUUUCCAGUGGUGUGCUUAAAAAUGUCAUGAAGGAAACACGUGAUUUGUAGGUUUUGGGACCAAAAAUGACAAAAGUAUAUUCAUUUCAAGACUUUCAGUAUGUCAAACUGUGCACUUAUUAGCAGAAUGUUUAAUAGAUACCAAUAAUAGUUGGAAAGUGAAAUACUGGGAAAAUAAAUUAACAUAUGUGAAUAUAUUAGUCAUUUCUUAACAUGACUUAGUA